AUGUUGUCUCUACAAUCGUUUGAAAUCGACGACGACCUUGCAUGCGAUGUUGGUGGAAUGAUUCAAUUUGUAUCUGAUGAGCAUUCCGCCACAUCACUCGUACUUGCCAAUAUGGUGGCUCGACGAAUGCGCGAAUUCCGAGACAACGAGGACGAUUUCGCCGGCUCUGGGACUGCUCCAAUCGAUCUCCUGUCAAGUCUCAGCUCAAAUGAUACGGAUGACGUUAGCUACAAUUUCUUGCGGGACAUAGCCUAUUCCAUGGAUCUUACGACCAUGCCUGAGAAUUUGCUGGGUCUGGUUCUGCCUAUGCUGCUGCAUGUUGAUACAAAGCUUCCGACCCCCGAGGACCUUCAUGCUCUGCACGAAUUUGCUGAAGCAUCGCCAAUGCACCGGGAUCAGGUGGAAACAUGGUUGAGAUCGGAACCGGCUCUGAGCACACUUGAACAGGUUUUCAAGCCAUGGAUGAACUACUACAGCUUCAAACCCGCGUACCAAUGCAGAGAUGAGAUUGCGGCUUACAGGGCUAGCCGAGGUGGUGCUGGGUUUAACUAUGCGUAUGAAUUCGUGAAAGAAUGCCAAUGUACAAGCUGCCUCUCACUUCUCGGCAAUCUCGGGUUGGUCGAUUUCAGGAACUACGACCAAAACGGCAGGAGUUUCCUCCAUGCAGCUAUUGAGGGCGGAGAUCCCGAAAGCGUACUCUUCAUUGUCGCUAUCUUGCUGAAAGGAGGCCUGGAUCCUCGGCACUUUCCCACGUCUAUCGAUGGCAUGUCUAUUCCCCACCAUGUCGCUUUGAUGCACGACAAUGAUGUCUUUAGGGGAGUCGUUGAGCUUCUAGAGGAUACCGGUUACCCUCUAUCUGUGUGGAACGAUGAUGGCCUCAAGCUUGAGCUGUGCAGCUUCAUCACUGCCGAAAUGGCCGAACUGCUCCUGUCGAAAGGGUUCAAUAUCACCGAGCUCCCCAGAAAUACACUCCCAACGUAUCUGCCCAACGAGGAUGACCCCGGGUACGAGUCCGGCGAGGAAUGGAACCGCGAUGCAGAGUACGGUGAUCCGAUCAUCCGAGGCGAAGACUUCGACCCCGACAAUGACAAACUCGACCCAAAAUCGAUUCGAUAUGAUGGUGUUGGAAUCAAUCCCAUCGAACUCAACCCCACCUCCCGAACCAUCUGGCACCGAGCAAUCGAGAAUCCCGAAGGUCCACGAAUCCUUGACUGGCUCUUGGGCCACUCGUUUACCCAGCCAGGCUGCCGGACCGACUUCGACCGAGACUCCGGUGAGACUGCUUUGGUAGCUGGCGCAAGAGGAGCCGAGCCGGCUGGUAUUGAUUGGUUUUGCCAACACUCUGAUCCGAUGGCGGGUCGGGUCCGAAAUUCCCAAGACACCGAGCCCGAGGAGAGCGCAGCUGCUUAUGCGUUACAAGUAGCAGCUCACAACCUACGGCCACAUUGCGACAUCAUUUUCAAGAAGCUUUUGCGUCAUGUGGACCCGCAGUUCUACUGGGAUGUUUCUAUGAUCAAGGGUUUGUAUUGGUUGAUUAUCAAGAAGUAUCGUGACAUGCACCAAAGGUUGGAAGAUCAGAAGGAGCCAAGCCGUGCAAGAGCUCAGCGAAUGGGUCAACUGCGCUCCCUCACUUCAGCCAAAACUAAAGCGCUGAAUAACAGACUGGAACCUUUUUGGGAUACCUGGGGCCAGUCUGAACAGCGACAUUGGCUCAUUCAGUACUGUACGAUUGUAAAGAUGAACUUCCUUGUGAAAGAUUUAAGUUGGAAUGUCUGGGAUGAUUCUGAGUAG